GAUGCUCGGGACCGUGGAGGCGUCAACUUCUAUGUGAUGCUGCAAUUGCUCCAGGCGCUCUUCGUGAACCACGAGCGGGAAGCCGAACAGGAGCUCAUCCAGGUGGCGGAUGAGACCGGAUUCAUCAUGAGCGAGGUAAGCGAGUUCAAUGACGCCUUCGUGAACCUGUGGAUGGCGGAGCAAGAGCCUGGCGAGGCAGAUCACCCCAGCAACCGGCUCCGCAAAAAGACAAUCUCAAGGAGCUCAGUGUACAAGCUCUUGCGCUCGAUGGGUAUCCGUCUGGACAACUCUUCCCGGGCGCAAGUGGACCAGAUGAUUCACAAGUUCAGCGGUGAACGCUUGGACUUCCAUGGCUGUUUGCGGUUGAUGCGUUGGAUCGUGGACGUGAACUUCGCACAGAUCAACAGCGGUGGCUCAUGACGGCGCAGCGAAGAACUUCGUUUCACGCGGACAUUCCGGGCCCUUGUCUUUCCGCAUUUCGUGUCGCCUUUUCACAUUGCGUUAAACACCGGUCAAAGCCAAGGGCCCGGCUGUUGUACAAAGCGGACGAUGAGAUUGGAGGCCUGCAACAGC